CCACUGCAGUUUCGAAGCUCCAGAUCGAACCGAUUUCGAAGCUCCAUCGAAGCUCCAGAUCUGAACUCUGACCCCUCGAUUACUCGCAUUUCAAGUAAUAUGCACAUUUCGACCCAAUUCUUCCUUUCCCAAGCCGCUCGACUCGGUACACUUUCGGGAAAUGCUCAGAGACCGGAAGUGUGUGUAGUCACAUGGAACAAUGAUGAGCUUGCAACAGAUGCACUACCUGUCCAUGGCUUUGAGCAUUACAAGGCAAAGGACUAUGCCCUUGCUCACGCUCCAUUCUCAGGUAGCAGCUAUGCAGGUGGGCAGUGGGCUGCUGGUGAUGAGCCAUUAUACUAUAUUGUAUCCCCAAAGGAUGUAGUUAUUGCAAAACCUAGGGAUGCAGAAGAUCAUAUUUCUUGGCUUCUUCAACAUGGAUGGCAUGAAAAAGCUUUAGCAGCAGUUGAAGCUGGGCAGGGAUGAAGUGAAUGAUGAG